AUGAAAGCAUUAGAAGAUCUUUACACUCGGUAUGACGACUCUGUGCGGAAUUUGGUUGGAGGUGUGGUACAAUUCACAUACGGUGAUGACAGAUUAGAUCCAACGUAUCUUGAAGGAGAUGGAGAACCGGUUGAAUUCGCUCAAACAUGGCGUCAUUCCAAGCCUCGGUUCGCCAAAGCUUGUACAACCCAAUUCACAGAUUCAGUUUUGAAUUUCAUUACCAACUCAGUAGCCAAACAAGCAGCUACUUAUCGAGCGAGUUAUGGAAUGUAUGAUUGGGAUGAGGAGACUGAUCUAUCAGCUGGAGUUACCGAUGCAAGUGAGAAGAUAGUUGCAAACAAGACACAGGUGACACUCAAGCAAAUCGAUACCUUCCUAGACUAUUGUUGGGUCAAAUACGUCAAGGCAAAAUUGGAGCCUGGCACAGCAGUUGGUGCAGUUGGUGCACAAUCCAUUGAAGAACCAGGAACACAGAUGACUUUGAAGACUUUCCAUUUUGCUGGUGUUGCUUCUUCAAGAAAAGAAAAGUUCAGUUAG